AUGGCUGUGUAGAGGAGCAGGGAGUUAAGAACGGUCAAAGAAAGAAAGAGCGAGAGCAAGAGGGCGAAGUAAGAAGUGAACAGAGGGUCUGCUAGAAGUUCAGUGCGCACCGGGAGGCUGUCGUCCGCAGAUAAGGCACCGCACGGACUCUUGUCUGCUACUUUGAAGUGUUGAAGCGCCGCAGCCAAAAGUGAGAAGAGUCAAGAAAUAUCCGCGGGUCGGUCCCUGUCCAGAACAUGUGGGAGCCGGAGAGAACCGAAGAGGAUUAAAGACCAUCCCACUCUGCCACUCAUCCUCCAAUCAGACCACUUCAUUUGACCGUGGAGAGCCGACGACACAGGGCCCUCGACUGGCAGCGUCUUUUACCGGGCUGUUCCAAUAGCAUCCAGCCAGCAGGUUCUCGCUGCUUGAAAGAGCAUGUUGCCAACGCUGUCCCUCUGCUCCAUCAUCUGGCUCAACCGGGGAAUCAAGCUGAGGAAAGUGCACCAGUCCACCAACACUGGUCAGGUCUGAAACCGCUGCAGCCGCGGACAUAACAGCAGCAAAGCGCUACCUUAUCGACUUUUGAAAAUGCUUCUAAGCUUCGGGUGACUCCUCCUCCUCCCCUCAUCCCCCCCGGCCCCCAGCCCCACCCCCCAGCCGCCGAACUAACAUCCAACACCUGAACUGAGUGACUCAAGAACCUUUUUGGUUUCUGAGGAGGAUUUCUACAAAGCCAAACCCUGUUGUUGCAGUGGCGCUCGGCCUGCAUCGUCUAAUCCUCUAGUUGGUGGCCAUUUUGAUUUUUGUCUCCCUAACAAAAUGGCGGCAGAAGGUUUUCAGUACAGUGCCCUCUACGCAUUUAACAAGGACCAGGAAGAGGACUUGGAUCUGCAGCCUGGAGACCUCCUGACAGUCAGCAAGGCUUCUCUGCUGUCCUUGGAGAACUACCAGGAGGGCUGCGAGGAGCAGCCUGAGCUCCUGGGCUGGCUCCUCGGGUACAAUGAACGCACCAAGCAGAGAGGCGACUUCCCAGGGACUUAUGUUGAGUACGUGGGCCCCGUCAAGAUGGCGCUCCCAUCAAGUCAACCCAGGUCCCAGCGACCACUCCCUGCUGCUCCGAGACCAGAAUCGUCUCAAGCUGUUUCUGUGCUGGACCUGAGCGAGCAGUUCACACCACCAGAGACGGCUCCCCCAGCUCUCAUCAGCCUGAUCCAAGCCAUAGAGAAGAGAGGUCUGGACUUCAAGACAUUGUACAGGACACCUAGCUCCUCAGGUUCAGACAGCCCGGUGUACAGCCUGACCUCUGAGAGUGACGUGGGUCAGAAAGACGUGGGUUACCUUUCUGAGUGUGUGCUGCAAUACCUGAGAGACCUCCCGUCACCUGUCAUCCCUGCCUGUGUCUACCCUCACCUUCAAACUGCUGUCACACUGCAGCAGCAGGUCCUACAGCAGUCAGCAGAUGGUGCAGUAGCUGGAAGCCAUGACAGAGAGGUGAGCCUGGUCCUGGAGAACUCCACCACCGUCCCUCUCCAUCACCGUCUCACGCUGCAGUACCUCCUCACACACCUGGCCAAGGUCACCCAGAUGCAGGCCAGCAAUGGCCUGGACACACACACGCUGGGAAAGAUCUUCGGACCGCUGCUCAUACGGACGUGCCCCUCUAUCCCUUGGUUGUCAUUGGAUGAGAAGUUCCCUGCCUUUGCGGUGGAGAGGCUGUUGAUAGAGAGGACUAUGGAGCAAGACCUCACGCCUCCAGUUCUUCCAGCGAAGCCUGUCAAGUCAAAAUUGGCGCCAUCAGCCAUGACAGACACAAGUAGCCUGCUGACUGAAGCUGAGUGGUACUGGGGAGAAAUCUCCAGAGAGGAAGUGAAUGAGAAGCUGCGAGACACUCCAGACGGCACCUUUCUGGUCCGAGAUGCCUCAAGUAAACUGGAGGGCGAGUACACUCUCACCCUCAGGAAAGGGGGAAACAACAAGCUCAUAAAGAUUUACCACAGAGAUGGGAGGUACGGAUUCUCAGAACCUCUUACCUUCCUGUCUGUAGUGGAGCUCAUCAAUCACUACCGUCACGAGUCCCUGGCCCAGUACAAUGCCAAGCUGGACACCAAGCUUCUGUACCCCAUCUCCAAAUACCAGCAGCUGGUGAAGGAGAACAGCAUAGAGGAGGUGGGGGAGCAGCUGAAGGUCUAUCAUGAGCAGUACCAGGAGAAGAGCCGCGAGUACGACUCUCUGUACGAGGAAUACACACGCACCUCACAGGAGCUGCAGAUGAAGCGCACAGCCAUUGAGGCCUUCAAUGAGACCAUCAAGAUCUUUGAGGAGCAGUGUGAGACUCAGGAGCGCUACAGCAGAGAGUCUUUGGAGCGGUUCCAGCGCGAAGGCAACGAAAAGGAGAUUCAAAAGAUCCAGAGCAACUCAGAGCGUUUGAAGUCUCGUGUGAAGGAGAUCCACGAUAGCAAGCGUAAGCUGGAGCAGGACCUGAGACAGCAGGUCUCUGAUAACAGAGAGAUCGACAAGAAGAUGAACAGCCUCAAGCCGGAUCUCAUGCAGCUUCGCAAGAUCAGAGACCAGUAUUUGAUAUGGCUGACACAGAAGGGGACAAGGCAGAAGAAGAUCAAUGAGUGGCUGGGCAUAAAGAACGAUGCUGAUGACUCCUACUCACUGGAAGAAGACGAGGGUUCACCCCACCAUGAUGAGUGCACCUGGUACGUGGGUGACAUCAAACGCACCCAGGCCGAGGAAAUGCUGAGAGGCAAAUGUGACGGAACAUUUCUCAUUCGAGAGAGCCAGUCACAGAAGGGCUCCUACGCCUGUUCUGUAGUUGUGGAAGGCGACACCAAGCACUGCGUCAUCUACAAGACAGCCACAGGAUAUGGAUUUGCUGAACCCUACAAUCUGUACUCGUCCCUCAAAGACCUGGUGCUCCACUACAAAAAUGUCUCCUUGGUCCAACACAACGACCAGCUGAAUGUAAAUCUUGCUUACCCAGUCCUGGCCCGAUCUCAGAACCAGAACCAGCACCCCAGAUGAAUUAUCCACCAGCAGUGUAGGACGCCAACCAGGGUGGGGAAACUAAAUUUUCACUCAAAUGCAUUGGGGGAAAAAAAAAUAAAUGUCUGAACAUUGCUUAUUCAUGUGUUUAAAGUGGUGAGUAAAACAGACUCAACCGCCACAAUUUAAAAUUCAUACAUUUUUGGCUGGAGGCUGGUGCUAAUUUCCCACAGUGACCCCAGCCCAGCAAAGAGCACUCCUUGCUAACAGCAUGGCUUCAAAAUAAGCACACUGCUAGCAGUAACGAAGCACUGUACAUUUAGCCUGGCCAACGCAGCGAGUUUCACCUUGAGGAGAGUGUCACUUUAGCCAGCCAUGACUGUACAGUGUCAGUUAUGAAAAAAAAAGUGAAAGAAAUUUACCAGAAAAUACCUUUGAUACAGAAAAACGAUAGAAGACUAAAUGUGUUAAAGGAAGAGAAAAUAAGCACACAAAAAUAUUGUUUUCAAGAUGAAGAGGAAGAGGAGAGACCAGAUGGGAUGAUGCAAAUUUUUUUUUUUUUUUUUGCCUUGAACACGAUGACAAAGGCCCGAUCUGUCAUCCCCAGUCUGCCUGCAAACUCUCCGUAGACAAAAGCCUGAGCCGUCAUCCACUAAAAGGACUGGCUUGGCUAAACCAGGCUGCUCGCUUCACACCUAAAGGCGGCUGAGAAACCAUGGACUACGGGGGUGUAGUCACCGGAGCCUGGGGGUGAGGUGGGGGGUGGAUGUGGGAGGGAAAUCGAUGGGGUUGAUGAUUUUUUGGGGGUUUUGAAAAGAUCGAUUCAGUUUAAAGUUUGCUCAAGUGCCAUAGUAAUAGCUUUGAAUGACCACAAGCCUGUGUCACUAGAACAAGGGGGCACGUCGAGGUUGAAAGAAAGAGAAGGAAGGAGGGAAUAAACGCCUGUCGACAUAGACAAAGCUACAGCUUUAAAAAAAAAAAAAAAAGUACACACAUAUAGGUAUAUUUUUUAUGAAAUGACCUUUAUUUCCGACUGCUUUGGCUUGUUGCUCUCUCUCUCAGCGGGCCUCCUCCUGAAUUGACGAGGUACGACAUACAGUCAAUACUGUAUUACAGGAUAGAAAUGCAUGCUACGUAUUUGGUAUAUUGUGAAUUUAGAAAUACUUUUUAAUCACAAUACACUCGACGGAGAGGUACAUUGAUAAAUGCAGUUCCACGUGGUUCAGGUUUCCUUCUAAAUGGAAAUUUUGGAAAGACUCCUGCAUCAGACGUCUCUUUGUUUCAAACUUCUUCCUUCUUCUUUCACCCUCUUUAAUACUGUAGCACCUGUAGCCAUUGACUUAAGGCAUAACUGUUAGUGCUCCUCUUAUGUGUCUUUGCUUCUGUAUGCUAAAGACACUUGCAGAGCAUCGAUCUAUGUGAUUAUUGUAUCUUCGGUACUGUAUUUGCUUCGUCUCUAGUUAGAUUAGACUGUUUUAGCAGUACAAUGUCCUUGCAGAUGUUUAUUGUUGUUUUUUUUCUUUAUUUUGAUGCAGAUUUUACUCACGGUACUUCCUUCUCCCUUGCGCUUGACUGUUCAUUUCAUCACAAGCUUGACUCACAGAGCUGUAGAACAUUGAUGUACAAAAAAAAAAAGAAAGCAGUAAUAUAACUCAUGUACAGUAUAUUUCAGACACACAUGCAGUCAGUGUAUGUGACUUUAUACAGUUUUAACCGCUGUGUUUCUCUUUGUUUUCAGAAUAUUUGCUAUGCUCGUAGAUUCUGUUUAAGGAUGCACAGUAUCCAGCUAAUGUGAGCCAAAUGAAGGAUGUCUUUUCAUGUAGCAAGAAAGAGAAAAAAAGAAAAGUCCUUUUGCCAUUUAGCAUGGCCUCUGUGGUCUGAGAGACUAUCCAGUACAGUGUGCAUGGAAUCCUUCGUUUGGGUUGUGUUUUUUUUUUUUUUCUUGGCACCAGUGGUUGAUAAUUGUGCUUUUUGAAUUGCAUAUACAGUAUGAUGUGUGGUGAAUAUAGUAGUACUAUGAUACUCUAGUACUACGCACACCAUAGUCGUAUGUGGAAUACGUUUUAGAUUUACAGAAACAGUUCUCAGAUCAGUUCCCUCCCGUUGUUCUGUGCCGUGGCAGUGAAUUUCUCCUGUUUCCCUCAUGUUCAUUUGGCUUGAGGUAAAGAUUGUACCACCUUUGUUCAAAGCACAGUUCAUUUGUGUAAAAGCAGGGUUAUUCAGCUAUUAAUGCACGGUCAAAGGUAAGAGGCGUCACGUGGUGUCGCUUUUAAAAUUUAUUUACUUUGUUGAUUUCUCGAGAUGAAUGAAUAUUGAUAAUCUCUCAAAUUUCUUACACAUAGUAGACUCAGAUUGCCAAAAAGAGACAAAUUAUUUUUUGUAGAAAGAUAGAAGAGUCAAAAGUAAUUGGCAGUAGAACGUUUUAGGAAGAAAAAAAGCACUCCUUUUAAAAGUUAAACAUUUUGGCAUUUUGGAUUUGUUUUUAUUUUUGUUGAGGAGGGAUAGAAAUUGAAGUUUUGUUCCUAAAUGAGAUACUAGUCAAUUAUUAGUUAAUAUUACACCUUUGUUUCAUAUGUAGACAAAUUCACUGAUUUCAGGUAGCAACAUCUUUCAGACAGCAGACCAAUCCCAUUUUCAGAUAAAGCCUAAAUCAACCUGAAAAGUUCAAGACAUCAUUUUGAUUUCAGUCAGGACGAAUCAAUUGUACUGUACUUUGCACAGUUCUUGGCAAGUAGAAAAUCCCAAGAAUAUAAACUAGAGGUGACAGCGGUGCUUCUGAUUAGAGGGCUAUAAAAACAUGUGAGUGAGAAGGAUUAGAAGUGCCUUUAGUCCUUGUGAUGAGCUCAUUUUCUCCUUGUUAUCAUUGGAGCGUUGCUCCACAAGAUGGUGCCACCACCACAUGCUGUGCCCCAUGGUUCACACAUUUGCCAUUUGUCUAAAACUUAAGGGUAUCUGGCAAAUGAGCGUCGUCGUUCUCGUGUGUUAUUGUGUGCGUGUGUGUGUGUGUGUGUUUGUGUGUGUUUGUGUGUGUCUGUGUGUGUUAGAGCAAAUCUGAGCGUGUUAUAGAUAAGAGAGUAACAGAUUUUAGUUGUGCCUCUUUGUUGUUACAUCUAUAAUUGUUACAUAUUCCUUCUUUCUAUGGUGGAGCCUGUACAGUAGCCCGGUGCUCUCUCUCACGGUGCACCCAAGCUCGCUUUCUUGGUGUUUUGUUGUUUUUUUUUUUCUGAUACAUUUUUUGAAUAAAACUCAGAUAAGAUAGAAAUGUGAACCGUACACAUCCGUGGCCCAGACCAGUUGUUCGAAGCUCAUUUGAUAAGCUCUCAAGUUAAUGCAUGCAACAUUUCUCAGUGUUUUGUUUUAAGAGUCAGUUCCUUUAUGAGCAGAUGUUCUGGUUGCGUCAUCCGCCACUUCUGACACAUCCAUUAUCCAGUUUGUUGGACCAACACUUUUGUGACUGCACUUUUCUGUUCCACACACUCAGAGUGGUGUGUCUAAUGCCCCACCAACCAUAAACUAACAAGACAGUGGUGAAGCUCAGUUGUAAUAGUGUUUUUAGUGGAUAGUUUUAAGGUCUUUCCAUACAGUAUAUCAGGAGUGAUUGACAUUUUUCUUUAUGAUAUCAGAGUAUACAGUGUACAGUAUGUGCUUUUGUUGUUUUGUGGUCAACAACUGUCAUGUAAUUCUGAUGCUUUUGACUGAUUGCAAUGUUUUCAUUAUAGAGUUAGUUUUACUAUGUGGACUGUAUAAACUCUGUAAUACUUUUCAAACCAACUUUAAGGCCAGCCGCUGGCUUAUUAUGCAAUUUUGUGUCUGCUCAGCAAAACUGUCCAACUUAACAAGACAAAUAGCGUCAAUGUUCUUAAAAGGUCAGUUUAUCCAAAUUACAGAAGGACAGUUUUUUCACUUACUCGUAGUCAUAACUAAACAUGCGGAUAGUUUUAGCUUUAUUAGAUUUUGAGAUAUCAGUCUUUUCAAAUUCUUUUGGGGAAUUUCUUUCAACUGAAGAAAACUGGUCCUGCAAAGACAUGCAGUAUUGCUGUUAACUCUAUUGGAUAUGUAAUUUUUUUUUAAUGUUUUUACUAGCACAAACAAAGUUGUGUUCACCUCCAUUGUACUGUAUGUGGUGACAGAAGUUGAAUAUCUCAAAAUCUCAGCACACGGAAGUGAAACUAGAUGCAUAGCUACAUAGUACUAAGAGUAAGUAAAAAAUAUGUUGGGUUUUUUGGGGGAACUUUGGGUGAAUCAACUAUUUGUCUGUGUCAGGGAAAAUCCUGCCCAUGGAGCGAGGUAGUUUCAAAUUAUUCCUCAAGAGGUCGACCUGUUUCAGAGAAGUUCCUGAACCAGGUGGUUUUGCUUCCACUUAAGCCCGUUUGUUCAGUUUUUUAGUUCUUUAAAGACAAAUAGAAAAGUGAACUGAAUAGCUGACUACAUUGCUUGUUAAGAUGAACAUUUUUGCAGUGUAUGUAAACACUUUCAUCUGCCAUAUAUGCCAUGUAAAUCACAGAUGUUUAAUAGCUUGAAGCAAUGCAACUUCAGUAGCAAUGAAACCUGGUCACGCAGUGAGACGGGCAUGAAACGGGCAGAAGAUGAAAAAGUGAGACUUGAGUCCCACGUAGGUGUGUCUCUGAAACUCAAAGCUUUCAUCCUGCUCAUCUCUUAGAUAUGCAUUUGUGUCAGAGCUUCUUGAAAAGCAUUUUUCUAUAUGACAAUGGAUCAUUCAAGGAAUGAAAUAUUUUUUCAUCAGCUUUGGUACACUGUAAAUGAUAUUUCUUGAAAUGGCCUCAUACACAAAGCACACCUUUCACUGACUUACAAGGAACACAUAUAUUUGGUGUCUAUUAAGGUUCGAAGAAUGAGAGACAUACUAGAGAAUAAAAUAUUUUGAGAUAUAUUCUUAGAUAUCUAUAUUUUUGGAUUAUGUAAUUCUGAUUUGGAUUGUGCUUGAAACAAAUCAGAAGGAGGCUUUGAUGUGAACAUGAUCUUUGCUCUUGCUCCACGGGUGCUUUGUAUUCGAGCAGUUAUUGAAACGCAAGCAUUUUUACUAAUCAGCUGCAGUGAGCUUCAUCAUGAUCAGCAACAAACUUUGUGAUCACAGUUGAUCGACAUACAUGUAAUCUAUUAAGCAUGAUUAUCAGGUGCGCUCAGAGGAUGAAGCAAGCUCAUGUACAUGUGUUAAUAUUUACAGAGCUAAGUCUAUAUGUUAAAUGCAGUCUUGGCUGCUUUGCAUUUAUUAAAUAUUAGAGAAGAGUUUUUUUUUUUUCUUGAACGUGAGAAUCUGUUAUGUCAUAUGAAAGAUUCUGGGUGUUGUGCGUAGAGGCAGUGUUAAAAGUUGCACCACAAAAGACACACUUGGAUGCUGCCACAGAGAUCCACCACAGAUUGGACACUGAUGCUGUAAAAGUGAGCUGUAAAAGUUACCACUGUAUCUUCCUUUGGUUGAUCUCUGUGGUCGCUGCAGGGAAAGUAAAACCUGUCAAUCUAACCUAGAAAAAGGUACACGAUUCAGCGGUUCAUGGUCACUCCUUUACGCAGAUCUUUGUACGUGUAACAAUGAUGGCAUUAGAAAGUGUUCUUUUAUGGUGCCUGAGUGUAUAUAUAUAUCUAUAUCUAUAGAUAUAUAUAUGUAUUUAUAGAUAUAGAUAUAUAUAUAAUUUUUUUUUUUAGUUUUUUGGGGGCUUUUUAAAAAAGCUGAUAGAUUUGUCUGUCCAUGUGUUGUUUUAUUUUUAUUUUUUUAUAUCUGUUAAUGAUAACCUUUCAGAGCCUAUAAAGAAAAAAAUAAGCUAGCUUGAAUUUUUUUUUCCUCCAUACAGAAAAAAAAACAAAUGUUUACAAUAUGUAAUUAACCAAAUGGUAAAUAUGCGUUUGAGAAUCAAUCUGUCUGUCCCUCAAAGUGGCUGCGAUAGAUUGAUUUAUAUUUCUUUAUUUCCUCUGUCAUUUUAAACUUGAAAAUGUUAUGAAUGCUUGUUCUGUUUUUUUUUUUCAGUUUCAGUUCGUUCCUCUUUUUUUUUUUAUUUUACUUGUGAGAACAGUGCUCCCUCAAUUUCAAAAUAACUCAAGAUAGUUCAACAAGAUUAAUAGUUUUGCCAUAACACACAGGCAUUCAUCAGUCUUUGUCACUCUCUACCUGCUGACUACUUCACCUCACACUGAGCCUUGUAUGUACAUGACUGAAUCCUAACUUGAGGCGCUGUUGCAUCCUUUGCUGUUUAUAUUAUGUACAGUACGGUAGAUUUGGCUCUGCCAGGCAUCUCUGGUGAGGACUCAGUUCAAAGAAUUUAUAGUGGGUGACACCCACAUGUUGUGAAUAACAGUAUGAACAUGCCACUUGGUGAACAUGCUUGAGUACAAUUUUAGUACAUAAAGAAAAGUUGGAAAUUCAGGAAUAACUGUCAAGAAGCAUCCUGUUCUUGAUUUUGCACUACAUAGCAAAUGAUACUCAAAUGAAAAGGUGAAUCAAUUGCUCUAUUGGUUGGUUAACUCAUUUCUAAGACCAAAAAGCAUCCAGCUUAGUCUCAGCUUGUGUGUGAAUUUCCUUUUAACAUACAAUGACGUUAACAACUGCACUUUCAUUUCCCUCUUUCUCUGUCUGUAUCCAGUCACUGAAAGUUUGCCAUUUCUUUUGAUUAAAUCUGAUGUGAAUGUUGUAGUAUUUGUCACUGGUGUACAGUAGUUCAUAUUCAAGACCCAACUCUGAACGUUGGAAGAUCGGCAGUGAUCCAUUCGGCCUUCGCAAAGUUACAGAGCAGCAACAAUUUAAAACACUACUCUGCAUUUUUAACCUAAUUACAACAACUCAUUGCUCUAUAAUAUUGCCCAACAAGUUGCCCAGUGCAUCACUGCCACAGCAGCAGCAUCAGGUAUAUACGGUUCUUAGUCAAUGAUGUGGUCUUCUCUUUCUUUCAAAAAUGGCGAAUGGAAAUGAAGGGGGCAGUCCGAUAAAGCUACUCUACACCAAAGUGCAAUUGAACUCAGAGGGAGCACUGUUGUUUCAGCCAGUAGAGGCCUAUUGGUUGUUGUGUGCCCAACCCCUAUGCACGAAAAGAUGGUUACUCUUCUUCUCUUCUCUUGUGUUAUCCUCCCUCCCUUGGUCUGUCUUAAUUCAGAUGCGACAUUUCUUUCUUUCUUCCUCUCGUGUACAGCUUGCUUCAGAGUUGUGUUUGUCCUCAGACAGGUACUCUUUCAUCUGUACGGUUCUUUCUUUAGGCUGAUGCAAUGAUUUUAAAAGACAAUAAAAGGUAUAUGAAAUGAA